AUGAGUUUUCAAAAAGAACAAAUAAUAGAAAUUAAAGAAUACACAAAGGAACUGAUCGCCGCAAAUGGAGAGGAAAUGAUGAAAGAAACAAGAGAUCUAAUCAGAGAAGUGAAAGAAAUGAAUCAGAUGUAUAAGGAUGAAAUAAAAAGACUAAUAGAAGAAAAUUUGCAGAUGAAAAACGAAAUAAAGAAAAUACGAGCUAAAAUGAACUACAUAGAGGAAGUAGAAAAUAGAAUAGAAACGAAUGAUAGGGAAAACAGGAAAAACAAUAUAAUCAUAAGCGGAUUGGAUAUACCAAAUAUUAACGAAAAAGAAAUAGAAGACCAUGUCAAAAACUUCGUCGAUAAGGAAUUAAAAGUUGCAAUAAAUAAUGCAAAAGUAAGAAAAAUCAAGAACAAAACAUACUUGGUCAAAGUAGAUAACUUUUCAAAAAAAUUGGAAAUAAUGAAAAAUAAAACACUACUAAUGAAAGGAGAAUACAAACAGGUUUAUAUAAAUAAUGAUCUGACUCUAAAAGAAAGAGCAAUCCAAAAUAAACUCAAAAUAAUUGCAAAAAAAAAGAGAAGAAAACAAGAAAGUAAAAAUAGGAUAUCAAAAAUUAAUAAUCAAUGGAGAGAAAUGGAUAUGGAGUACAAAAAAUAA